GGAGAGCGAAGCGCGAGGGGAGGCGGAUAUCAGCGAGCCGUGGAGGAGCAGCAGGACUCCGGUCUGAGCCCCAAAGUGAGCCCGAAGUGAAGUCAAACACGGACACGCGGACACUCCCCCUGCGAGUACGAGCCUGUAGGUGAGUUCAGGUUCACACGGCGGCUCAGUCUCACCGAGCUCUCCUUAAUUCAGGAAGAAGAGGAGCCCAGAGAAAGUCAUGGACAAAGGAGGAGAGUUAAGGAGAAGCUAGCGCCGCCAGCCAAGUGCCCGUUAGAGGAAAACACGCUCAGAAACAAGGAGAAGUGUCCGGAGAGGAAGGAGGAACAAGAUGGGGAUGGAUUUCAGCACUCUUCGGACCCUCAUCAGCCGAUAUUGUGUUGGUGAGGAGAACUGGGUGGACAGCAGGACCAUUUACAUCGGACAUAAGGAGCCUCCUCCAGGAACCGAGGCCUUCAUACAACAAAGAUUUCCCGACAACAGAAUUGUCUCGUCUAAGUACACAUUUUGGAACUUCAUCCCCAAGAAUAUGUUUGAGCAGUUCAGGAGGGUCGCCAACUUCUACUUUCUCAUCAUAUUUCUGGUUCAGCUGAUCAUCGACACUCCCACCAGUCCGAUCACCAGCGGACUGCCACUCUUCUUUGUCAUCACAGUCACCGCCAUCAAACAGGGUUAUGAGGAUUGGUUGAGACACAAAGCAGACAACGCUGUCAACAAAUGUCCUGUGCAUGUGGUGCAGCACGGGAAAGUGGUCCGCAAACAAAGUCGCAAGCUCAGGGUCGGAGAUGUCGUCUUGGUGAAAGAAGAUGAGAGUUUCCCCUGUGAUCUCAUCCUUCUUUCCUCAUCUCGAGAUGACGGGACGUGCUUCGUUACGACAGCCAGUCUGGAUGGAGAGAGCAGCCACAAGACAUACUAUGCAGUUCAGGACACUAAAGCGUACAACACAGAGAAGGAGGUGGACUCUAUCCACGCCACUAUAGAAUGUGAACAACCGCAGCCAGACCUGUACAAAUUCGUGGGCCGUAUAAACGUCUACAUGGACAAUGAACCGGUGGCCAGGCCUUUGGGAUCGGAGAACCUGCUGCUCCGAGGAGCCACACUCAAGAACACUGAAUAUAUUUAUGCUGUUGCCAUCUACACCGGCAUGGAAACCAAGAUGGCGCUCAACUACCAGUCCAAGUCUCAGAAGCGAUCCGCAGUGGAAAAAUCAAUGAAUGCCUACCUGGUGGUCUACCUGUGCAUUCUCAUCAGCAAAGCUGUCAUCAACACAGUGCUGAAAUAUGCAUGGCAGGCCGACCCAAACAGAGAUGAGCCCUGGUACAACGAGAGGACAGAAGUUGAGAGGCAGAGACAUGUUCUGAUCAGGGCAUUCACAGACUUCUUGGCCUUCAUGGUUCUUUUCAACUACAUCAUUCCUGUCUCGAUGUACGUCACUGUGGAGAUGCAGAAGUUCCUGGGCUCCUACUUCAUCAUGUGGGAUGAUGAGAUGUUUGACGAGGAGCUGGGGGAGAGAGCUGUGGUCAACACAUCAGACCUGAAUGAGGAGCUGGGACAGGUGGAGUAUGUGUUUACAGACAAGACGGGGACUCUGACAGAGAACAACAUGGAGUUCAUAGAGUGUUGUGUGGACGGACAUGUUUAUGUACCACAUGUUAUCUGUAACGGACAGGUGAUGCCUGGUGCCGCCGGUAUGGACAUGAUUGACACAUCGCCAGGCCCCAAAGCCAGGGAGCACGAGGAGCUGUUCUUCCGGGCGCUGUGCUUGUGCCACACGGUGCAGGUAAAAGAGGAGGAGACGGUGGACGGGAUCAAGCAUGGCAUCCACCAGGGCAAGUCGUCUUCCUUCUACAUCUCCUCUUCUCCGGACGAAGUGGCGCUGGUGGAGGGCAUGAAGAGGCUCGGUUUCACCUAUCUGAGACUCAAGGACGGUCAGAUGGAAAUCUUAAAUAGGGAGGAUGAGAUUGAGAGGUUUGAGCUGCUAGAGGUUUUGACAUUCGACUCGGUCAGACGGAGGAUGAGCGUCAUUGUCAGAUCCAACUCUGGUGAACUGUAUCUGUUCUGUAAAGGCGCAGACUCUUCCAUCUUCCCCAGGGUUAUCUCAGGCAAGGUGGAUCAGGUCAGAGCUCGAGUGGAGCACAAUGCGGUGGAGGGUCUGAGAACACUUUGUGUUGCCUAUCGCCCUUUAAGUCCCGAACAGUACCAGGAGGUUUGCCAUCUGCUCAGCAGCGCCAAGUUGGCACUACAGGACCGAGACAAACGGCUGGCUGAGGCUUACGACCUCAUCGAGAAAGACCUGAUACUGCUGGGAGCCACUGCUGUGGAGGACAGGCUCCAGGAAAAAGCAGCAGACACCAUCGAGUCUCUCCACAAAGCUGGUAUGAAGGUGUGGGUGCUGACCGGAGAUAAGAUGGAGACGGCAGCUGCAACCUGCUACGCCAGCAAGCUGUUUCGCCGCAACACGCAGAUCCUGGAGCUGACCACCAAGCGUACAGAGGAGCAGAGCCUUCACGAUGUCCUGUUUGACCUGAGCAGGACAGUUCUUCGGCAGCAUGGAGGCAUGACCCGAGACACCUUCUCUGGUUUAUCAGGCGACUGUACCGACUAUGGUCUGAUCAUCGAUGGAGCGACCCUCUCUGCGGUGAUGAGGCCUGGCCAGGAGGACUCAAACUCAGGGAAUUAUAAAGAGAUCUUCCUGGAAAUCUGCCGCAACUGCAGCGCUGUGCUCUGCUGUCGAAUGGCACCGCUCCAGAAAGCACAGAUUGUCAAGCUGAUCAAAGCAUCCAAGGAGCAUCCGAUCACACUAGCGAUUGGAGAUGGAGCCAAUGAUGUCAGCAUGAUCCUGGAGGCCCAUGUUGGCAUCGGUAUAAUGGGUAAAGAGGGUCGCCAGGCAGUGAGGAACAGCGACUACGCCAUCCCAAAGUUCAAACACCUCAAGAAGAUGCUGCUCGUUCAUGGACACUAUUACUACAUACGCAUCUCUGAGCUUGUGCAGUACUUCUUCUACAAGAAUGUCUGUUUCAUCUUCCCUCAGUUCCUCUACCAGUUCUUUUGUGGCUUCUCACAACAACCACUGUACGAUACAGCCUACUUGACUCUCUACAACAUCAGCUUUACCUCGCUGCCCAUUCUGCUGUACAGUCUAAUAGAGCAGCACAUUAAUAUGGACAUCCUGAAGAAGGACCCCUCUCUCUAUAGAGAUAUUGCUAAGAACUCUCUGCUGCGGUGGCCCAUCUUCAUAUAUUGGACUAUCCUGGGUGUAUAUGAUGCCAUCGUGAUGUUCUUCGGUGCUUACUUUCUGUUUGACAACACCACCUUCACCAGCAACGGACAGAUGUUUGGAAACUGGACAUUUGGGACACUAGUCUUCACUGUGCUGGUCUUCACCGUUACAUUCAAGCUCGCUCUAGAUACUCAUUACUGGACUUGGAUCAACCAUUUUGUCAUCUGGGGCUCGCUCAUCUUCUUUGUGGUCUUCUCUCUGCUGUGGGGCGGAAUCAUCUGGCCCUUCCUCAACUACCAGAGGAUGUACUAUGUGUUCAUGCAGAUGUUGUCCAGUGGCCCUGCCUGGCUCAGUAUUAUCCUUCUGAUAACAGCCAGUCUGCUGCCAGAUGUGGUGAAGAAGGUCAUCUGGAGGGCGCUGUGGCCCACCACGACUGAACGCAUACAGAAUGCUGAUAAACUCUACAAGGGCCAGCUGUCGGAGUUCACCCCCUUGGCGUCUCUCCACGCCCCACCCAAGGCCAGCAGCCACCGGCGAGGCUCGGAAAACCAAAGGAACAUCCCGAACCCUCGAAGGUCUGAAACCUUUACCAAGAAAAUCAUGUUCACACGCUGGCAAAGAGCGCCAGAUUACUGCACCUUCACCCCCCUCCUCCGAUUCGCAGAUGGCUCCCGCCAGCCAAAGCAGGGACACGCUUACAGCGGGGCGGGGCCUGAGACCUCAGUCUAAUGUAUUCCUUUUGGUCUGGAGUUUUUCUAUCCUUGUAUUCUGAUACCACAUACAGUGGCAUCCAUUUGGAGUUGAACUGAACAAAGAAGUGAUUUGGAUAAAUUGGUGGAAGGUAAAAUUGCCCAAAAGUAACUGGAUUCAAAUAACGGACUAUGUUGCUAAUAGCAGCUAUUUGGAAUUCAGUUGAAUGGAUUACAUUGAAAGUGACCUUUAUAACUGCUCCCAAGUCAGCAGCCAAGUGUGGCGUACGGCUCUGUGGGACGCUUCUGGAAAGCACUCCGAUCCACGUCCUCGUUCGCCACCACAACAUGCAAAGGGCUCAGUGUAUUGAUGUCACAACAAGCAAACAAGACUCAAGAACUUUGAUUUCAAACUAGAACAAAAUACGUGCACUGGCCCUUUACAUGUGUCUGCCUCCGAUGGCAGCUGAAGUGUACUUUAAAUGUUAGGAUUUUUUGUAAUGGUGAUAAUCAUGAUGCGCUGUGACUGGAAGUGUGAUGCUGAUGAUGAUGAAGACUGUAACAGUGCUUAAGCCAGCUCAAGCUUUCUCUGACCAAGCAUUUUUUCUUGUCCUCAACUCCUACCAUCCCUCCAUCUUUCUUUUCCUUCUUUUUCUCUGUCUGUUCUGCCUCUUUGUAGGACUAACUGGUGUUGCCUGUGUGCAAACAUAUUGUCCAGAAAUACUCCGUAGGACUCUGGGGUCAGAUCCUACAACAUUGUAAGGAGUGGUGGAGUAGAAUAGAAAAGCCUAAGUGUCGUGAGUCGGAGUUGGUCUUUUUUUUUUUUUUUCAUUUUAUCACAGAAAAGAAAGGAAAAAAAGUCCAACUUUGGCUGCACAUGGACACUUAGACUUUUAAAAUCAAAGGUAGUCUAGCGUGUUUGCUGGCAUAGAUGUGUGUGUUUGUGCGCUGAUAGCUAGAAGGUUGUGUUAGCGUGUGUGUUGUCAUCUUUGCAGCAUCUCCUUCUGUCUCAUCAUCUUUACCUGUUGAAUUGGAACUAUUUAUCUGAUUAUUUUGCGAUAGAAUCUAGUAGAAAUAGCAAUGUGAAGACUUCCUAGCUGUUUCUUGAUGCCUUAACGUCACCUUGAAUUUACCACAUUUACCAAAGAAGAGGAAAUAUGUUAUAACUGAUGGGUCCAGUUGGAGAAAAUGUAUGGCCUGUAAAUGGAGAGUGUUCACAACAAACAAAAUAUAGAAUGUAUUUAUCAUCUUAAAGUAGGUAAGACAGGAAAAUGCAGCUUUUAUUUACAGUUGUGGACUCUUUUAGCUUACUUGUGUUCACGUUCAUCAAAGCACUUUAAAAAUAAACACAGAAAUUUUAUUGAGAUAAUCAUAACACAACAAUAUUUAUCUCUUUUUUUUUUUAAGUGCCCCAAAUGACUUGAUGCCUUAAAUUUUUGAGAUUAGCUUAACCUGAAUAGUAAGAAAUUAUCACUGUAGUAUACACUGAAGGUUAUUCUGUCUUAAAGGUACAUAAACAGUUUUUAAGAGAUCCACAAAACAAAAACAGAAGGCAUUAAUUCAAUCCCACAUUGGACCUAGACACGAAGACCCAAAUAUGUAGAAAGAAAACAAACUACAUACAUAAACAGAUACAAAAGUUUCAACAGGAAAGGAAAAUCCCCAAAACAGUUUCUUUUCAUUUUAAUUAUUUUACUGAAUUAAAGCUCGCCUUAAAGUCCGCACCUUAGAGAGACUUUUUAAAGACCCGUAAAAAGUUGUUUACAGUAAAAGGAGGGCCCAUAUCCCUGAAGAAAACACUACAUACAUGCACGGGGCUCUUUAAAUGCAAAUGUAUUUAUAUUAUAUGCUCAAAAAGUGACAGAUGUAUUUUAAAAAAUCGAAAUGAAAGUGUGAACAUUCUGAGUAAGAUAGCUGUUUUUCACUUAACGGCAGCAGAGUAUUGGGUGUUUUACUUUACAAAUCCGAUUGAUUUUAGCAUCUCAUAGCUUCGCGCUCCUAAAAGCCUUACGAUGGCGGUGCAACAGCCUAAUGGGAUUCGCUACCUUGAAAAGGGCCUUCACAGUGCAAGUGUGUCUCGCUUUUGUCUGUUUCAACACUUAUCCUCUCUCUUCCUUUCUAGCCGUCUCUCUCUUUCUUUCUCCCUCUGCUGAAGCGAUGUGGAAGUUUUCCUACCUCUGUGACAGUCCUCUCCACCUGUCUCAUCAUCAUCAUCAUCAUCAUCACCACCAUCCUCUCGUCUGUCCCUCCUGCAUCUUCUCGGCCAUCCCUCCAUUCAUCCAUCGAUCCAUCCUUUGUGAGACAGAGCAGAAGUGACGUUUUGUACUCCUCUAAUAGUACUUCUAUGAACCAAAGCCUUGUUGCUGCUAGAGAUACUUUUAGCUGCUUUACAUUAGGUGCCUUGUGCUAGUUGAUGAAAUCUACCUUUGUUUCUCCUGAACUGUCUGUGCUUGCUUUAUGGUGAAUUUACGACUAUCAAUAUACACUUUGAUGGUACAAAGGCUCUGCAGAUGAUGGAUGUAUGGAUGCACAACUGAGGAGUGACGAGUUAGUGAUGAGGUGAAUGUAAAAGUUAGCUUUUAUACAGGUUAUAUGGUCCAGAAAGAGUGAUACACAGUCGAUGAACAAAUUAAUUACCACUUGCACCAAAACAUUCAAUGACUUAUGUUUAAUAUAAUUUUUUAUUGUUUUUAUUCCAGAUGUUUUAUAUAUGCCCCCGAGGGCAUCUGUCUCUGAAAUGUUAUUUUUACUGUUUUUAUUUAGGUACAAUGUGUAAAAAUCCCUAUUUACUCACUGGAAAGACAACAGUACGAUGUUGUUGUUACUCUUUAUUUUAAAGACAAAGAAGACUUGAAGAGCUCCAGCACUGCUUGAUCGACCAACUGCAGUCGAUCGUUGUCACAAACUGGGAUUUUUAAAAAAUGUAUUCUGUGUGUUUCUUUCAUUUUAACUUGCUUUUCCAGAUCUUGGUUUUCUACUUCCAUUUUGUUUUUGUUUGUUUGGGUGAACCAGAUUACAAAACAUGUAAUCAGUGACUCA